AUGGAAGUUGUGGAACGAAGAAGAGCCUUACAGCUAACAGAUCCCUCAUUCAGUGGAACAUGGAGUGCCAAUGAAUUAUUGAGAUGCAUUCACAUUGGUCUCUUGUGUGUGCAAGAUCAAGCCAAAGAUCGACCUGAUAUGCUAGAUGUGGUUUCUUUUCUGUCUAAUGAAACCAUUUUACUAGCUAAACCGAAGCAACCAGCCUUUUUCAUUAAUGCAUUAGAAAACGAGGCCACAUCUCCCGCUAAUGCGGUAGAAAAUUAUCAGAUAACAUGGAAAAGGCAUCAAGACGGAUUCUAUGCUUUAACUACAUGGCUCAACUUCAGUCAAAUUUUCCUUAAUCUGGACAACAGCACAGCAAUGCUUCAUGGAAGGAAUCUCCCCGACGAUGAUCCCCAUCCUGAUUUUAUAAGCAUCGACUGUGGAUCAUCGAAUGAUUAUUUGGACAUGGAAACUGGAAUUCGAUUUUCCUUCUUUCGGAGGACUGAUGAGCUCGCUGAAAAGCCAGAAGGAAGAAGGAACUGCUACAAUUUGAAACCAAAACAGGGCAAGAACAAUACUUAUCUCAUUAGAGCUCACUUCAUGUAUGGAAAUUAUGAUGACAAAAACAAAACUCCAAUUUCGACUUGUACGUCGGAGUCAACUUUUGGGACACUAUUGACUACAACACACUUGCUUACAUCACUGAGAUUAUCCAUCCAUGUGUGCCUCAUAAAAUCUUUCGAUGGAAUACCUUACCUUUCAGCCUUGGAACUUCGACCUUUGAGCAAUUCCAUUUAUCAAAUGCCCUCACCUUCACUUUCGAUACUAUACAAGCAAGGAGCGUUUGAUUUUAGCUUAACUUCAAACCUCUACAGCGACACCAGGUACAAGGAUGACAUUUAUGAUCGUCUGUGGCGCAAAAUUAAUGUAUCAGCUUGGUAUCCAUCCAUUAGUUCUGCUGAAAUUCAUCCUCAAAGCAUAAACAACUCUUAUAAAUUACCUGCAGAUGUCUUCCAAAUACUUUGUUUACUUUCACUUUGUGAAAUCGAGCAGCUUCGCCCUGGGCAGAAAAGAACGAUCGAUAUUACUCUUGAUGAUGAAAACAUCCUCGCCCGGCCUAUAACUCUUGAGUACUUGAAGCCGCAGACCAUUAUUGCUCCUCAUCGAAAAGCAACUCAAGGCUAUGUUCGUUUUAAUAUUAGUGCAACGUCGGAAUCUGAUGCUCCACCAAUCCUCAAUGCUUUCGAGGUUUUUAAAUUGAUAUCGCCCCUGCCUUCUCCAACAGAUAAAAGAGAUGUGGAUGCUAUCCUGGAUAUAAAAAAUGGAUAUAAGAUCACCAAAUUAGAUUGGCAAGGAGAUCCGUGUGUUCCAAAACUUGCUUGGGAGGGAUUAGGUUGCAGUUCUGGCAUUGAUGACAACCAUGCAAGGAUCACCUCAGUUGAUGUGACUGGCAACAAGCUCACAGGUUCAGUUCCAAAGGCCCUUAAAAGAAAAGUCAAAUGGAAAUUUGCAAUUAAGCAUAAAUUUGUUAUUCAACUUGCGGCUUCUGUUUCCGCUUUGGUUGUUAUCCUCCUGGUUUCUUUAGGAGUUUGGAUCUUCAAAACCAAGAAAUUAAAAGGGCAAAAAAGAUUGGAACAGAAGAAGCUAUUACAUGAAAUUGGAGAUAUUGCGAUACCAUUAAGUGUAAGCGAGAAAUGGAAAUUCAGUAAAAGUGACAAAACAGGCCAUGAAAUUCAUAUAUUCAAUUUCAAAAGCAUUGUUUUAGCGUCAGAUAAUGUCUCGUCGACAAAUAAGCUAGGUGAAGGUGGCUUUGGACCUGUGUACAAGGGAAGAUUACUGGAUGGUCGAGAAAUAGCAAUCAAAAGACUUUCUAAAUGUUCAAAACAAGGCUUAACUGAAUUCAAGAAUGAAGUCAAAUUGAAUGCCAAACUCCAAGAUACUAACUUAGUAAGACUUCCAUGGCUUCUGUAUUGA